AUGCUAAUAUCCGACAACUGGAUCGUCGCGGAGAUUCGCCAGAGACUCCGUGAGUGCGAGUCGGAUCUGAGCCAAAUGGGCGACCCUCGCGACGAGCCUAGAGCGCAGCAGUACUUUGUCUUUCAGUUCUGCAAUGACAUGCGGCGUAUGGCCGAGGUAACGCUGCGAGGCCAGUAUCAGGAUGUGCCCUCCCAGGAUCCCAGAGUUAUGCUGCGAUACGAGGUACAGCGCCGCCUCGAUCGGUUCUACGAGGAGAUGUCGAAGAUGCAAGCAGUGCCGCUUCCCUUUUCCAACUACAAGGAAGACCUCAAUGUUCUCAGCUCGCGGAGCUCAGAUCCCGCGGAGUGA